AUGACGACUGCAAUUCAGCCCCUUUCCCGCCUUCGCCUGCGCCUCCUCCUUCCUCCCGCAAGACUUAUGCGCCAACGCGCCCUUCCUCCUCUUCCUUCCUUCAAGCACCGCGCCAACGCACGUCCUCCUUCAAGCACCGUGCCUCGGCACGUCCUUCCGCCCUUCCAGCACCGUGCCAACGCACGUCCUCCUCCUCCUACUGCAAGACGUAUGCGCCAACUCGCUUCCUCCUCCUCCUUCUGCAAGAUUUAUGCGCCAACUCGCUUCCUCCUCCUCCUCCUCCUUCUGCAAGAUUUACGCGCCAACUCGCUUCCUUGCGCCAACUUGCAUCCUUGCGCCAACUCGCUUCCUCCUCUUCUUCCUUCCUCAAGCGCCGCGCCAACUCGCUUCCUCUUCCUCCAGCCUCAAGCCCUGCGCCAACUCGCUUCCUCGCGCCAACUCGCAUCCUUCCUCCUUCCUCAAGUACCGCGCCAACUCGCUUCCUCCUCUUCCUCCUCCUUCAAACACCACGCCAACGCGUGUACUUCCUCCUGCCCGCAAGCCCUACGCGCCAACUCGCUUCCUUCUGCAUUCAAGAACCACGCCAUGGCGCGGCCCCUCCUCCUGCGACAAUUUUGCGCCAAUGCACCCCUCCCAAGCACUAACGCCGUCUCAAAGGUCCUUCUUCCUAUGGAAGACGCACUUCCCGUCACACGCGACGGCUUUGUUCCACGUCAAGGUUCAUCCCGAGAGACGCAGACACGCCGCCCCCUUUACGGCUCCUCAAGAACCUCGUACCAAGGCGCCUAUCUUCACCCUCGCCCGUCUCGCAACAAACCCGACGACACUACGACCCUCAUUUGCCAUCCUCAAGCUCCCACGCGCUGUAGCGCCCUUCCAACUCGCGUGCAGGACCUGGCGCGAGCACGACGUUCUCGCUACUUCAUGUUUUCGCCGCUGCGGGUGCCCGCCCAGAUCGCGCGUUCGCCCUGA